GAUUGCUUGUUUUUUUUUCUCAAUUCUCUUGUCAUUCCAUCUCAUAUUUUUGAUUAGCAAAGUAGGAUCACCAUUUGAGUGGAUUGUCCUUUUUGAACCUUGCUAUUGACAUUGUGGCUGGAGCCUCAGGUUAUUCAAAUACGAGUCUACUUUCAAAUAAUUGCCGCCACAGCCACGGAAUGUGUGACUGAAGGCCUGGAAAGUUUCGUGAGAAGAACAUCGAAAUCAUACUUGGAAUCCUUAAAGCUUCGUCAUUUACUUCUUGACUUCUUGACAUCGGCAAAAUCGCGCUGGCGUUGGAUGAGUUUUUUUCAAUACACAAGAGCGAGUACAUUGUUGAAAUAGUUUCCCAGUAACGAACAAAGAAAUAUCCCGUCGGACAUCAACACCUAUUCUAUCCCAUUUCUCAAGAGAUUUGCGCAUCAACAAGUUAUCAUUGAUCAACCACUGCAACGACGAUACCAUAAUAAGGUAUGAUGGAUCGCCGACCACAAUACAUAACUGUACCCAGCUAUCCUUCUCUUCUCAAACAUGCAACAUCCCAUCCCUCACCCCUUUCCCCCUUAACCCCACCCCGACGACUCCACCAACGCAGCCUGCUACCCAGCCCACCCAUCUCGCCACAUCUUCACAAACCCCCACCUCCUAUACCAUACCCAUGGAUUUGGCGCUGUCACAUAUGUCACUCCGUCUAUCGUCUUGGUGUCACUCGUCGUUGCCUCGAAGACGGCCACUACUUCUGUUCUAUGCCCACUCCACCCCCAUCCCCACAAACUGCCUCUCCCGUGUCUCCCGUGUCUCCAUCGCCCUCCACUGGCUCCCUUCCCUCCCUGGUCCCCCCCAAAAAGAAGAAGAAACGUCGUCGCCAACCCCGUGGCUGUCGCGCCGAAUUUGACUACACAGGUUGGGAACAUUACAACCACUGGCGACGAGAAAUCUCUCUCCUGAAAACCGAAUCUCGUUCUCUGAACAACCCACUCUUCAUCCCUCCAUUAAAAAUAGGCAAAGAUUGUUACCGCGACUGCGAUUUCCCCUCAGAAUGUCAAACUCUACACUUACGAUCGGCAGUAACUCCCAAAACGCGACAAACAAGCGAGCCGGAGCUAAUUUUCCCCAUUUCUCCCAUUAGUGCCGAGGAACGUCAGCGCAUAGAUGAUGAACGAGAAGAUCAACAGUUGAUUUUUGAUAUAGCAGCUACUACACCACCAGCUACUCGUGCUCAUGGCGAAUUCCAUAGUUCCUCAAAUCUGACGCCCGAUAUCACCUCUCCCGAUUUAAGUUUAACUGUUGAGCGCGAACGACGCAGGAAUUUGGAAGCGGAGAAACGCGGAUUAGAACACGAGGCGCAAUUUAUUGUUAGCCCUCUAACAAGUCAUACCGCCUUUGCAGAUAUAUAUUAUGGCGGCAGUGGAUCUACGAGUCCGAAAGGAAAAGAACGUGAAAAUGAAAGACAGGAAUCGAAAGAUGGCUUGGGAGUCCCGUAUCCUCCAGAACUAGACGAUCUAGCAGGAGAAGAAGAAACGGAAGAGGAUGAAAAGGGAUAUGUAAGGGAAUUCAUACGGGUGAAGAAACGGAAAAGUAUAGCGAAGAUUGAACAGCUCACGGGAUUGAGGUUAUCAGAGGUGCAGUAUGGAAAGAUGGUAGGAGAGGUGGUGGAUGGAGAUUUGGGGGGGCUCAGGGUGAGAGAAGGAGAAGGAAGCAAAAGUCGGAGAGCUAGUGUAGAGAUUGAAAGUCCACCUAGUAGUCCGUUGAAGAUGCUUUAUACAGUAGAGGAUAGUGAUGAUGAGGAUGAUCUUGAUGAGGUCACUCCCUGGGAUGAACAGAGGAGGAAGCAUAUUCGAUAAUGGUCCACAUGGGUUUGAUUCGAGUAAUUUGAUAGACCUGCAACUGGGAGGUUCUUCGAGGAAGUGGAGAUUGCGAAUUGCCGGAAUGUAUAACAUUUAGCAUUGGGUUGGUAUCCAAGGUACCGCAUAAUCA